ACAGACAAACCAUGCUCGCAAAUACAACGGCGUUUCUGCUGUUCGUCUCGAUUUUGGGAAGGACUUUGGGACAGUCCUCCGUAUGCUCCGAUUGUUAUUCGACAAAUGGGCAGUACGCCUGCAUCAAUGAAACCGCCUACGGUUUUUGCUUUAAUCAAGGGACGGUCUAUGAAGGUGCUGUGCAAAAUUGCCCGGAUGGAAGUUACUGCGUCCUCGAGGGAUUCUGUGCAGCCGAAGAUUCAGCGGAACCGUCUUGUGUCCCAGAUUCUUCAACUACAACGGAAGUAGUAACAGGUUGGUAAAUGUAACACCUUUAAGUUGAAUUGAUGGGUUCAUUGCCCUCGGCUUUAUAUUUUUCGCGCUCUGAAUUGGAAGAUUUGACGACCGAUUCGAGUACGCUGGAAACCUCGGACUCUACAAUCACCUCUGAGUCUACUACUUUGGAAACUACGGAGUCUACAGUGACUACAGAGCCUACUACAUUGGAAACCACGGCGUCUACAGUGACCACCGAGCCCACUACAUUGGAAACCACGGAGUCGACAGUAACCACCGAGUCCACUACUUUGGAAACUACGGAAACUACAGUAACCACUGAGUCCUCAUCAUUGGAAACCACGGAGUCUACAGUAACCACUGAGUCUAGUACUUCGGCAACUACGGAGUCUACAGUGACCACUGAGUCCACUACAUUGGAAACUACGGUACCCACAGUGACCUCAGAGUCCACUACAUUGGAAACUACGCAGUCUAGUGAAACCACUUCAGAGACCACAGUAACUACGGGCUCCACUUCUUCUGAUACAACAACAGAAUUGAGUACGCAGGAAACCACAGAAUCCUCGGCGGUUACCACAGAAUCUACUUCACCAGAACCAACUACCGAGUCCACUAGUUCUUCAAUUACUACUACAGUUGCACCGGAAGUAGACGCAAACGUCUAUUGCGCAAAGCUAAGGAGCAAAGGAUACUUUCGGGUGGAGACAGAUACAACAUGCCAAAUGUAUGUGUACUGCUAUAAAUUGAGCCAAGAUUACCUAGGAUGGCUAUACUAUUGCAACACAAAUCAAUACUACAAUUCAGACACGGAGAACUGUCAAUCUGCACGACCAAGCAACUGCUAAUUUUAUAGGCAGAAUCGAAAUUAACCACAUUUUCAAAAUAUAUCAAUUACUAAAAGGU